CAGCUUGCCAGCUUGUGUGGAGAGAACAGUGUGGAGGUCUCUGUCUCUGUCUGUCUGUGUCUCCGGGGGAGAGAGAGAGAGAGAGAGAGGUUGGUAUAAUGGUAAUACUGAGUCAUGUGAGGGUACUUUCGGAAAGAGUGGAGAGAAAGUUGUCGUAGGAAACACAGUAGUGAGCGCUAAGCAGCAACAGCACUACAACCGGCACCACCAUCAAAGUCAGGGUUGGCUAGUCUGGUGCAGUGCAGUGGAUUGCAGUGAAGAUCAAGGAAAAUGAUAGUGGUUGUUGUUGUCUUCCCUCUAUCCCUGCAAUAGUUUACCCUCUUCUUAGUCUCCAUAACCUCCUCCUCAGUUCCCUCUAGACUGUCAUCAAAAUCCUCUCUUCCUUCUCUAGAUUUCCAACAAUGAGAGUGGUUUUCUGGUAGAACCGGUUGAAGAACCUCUCAAUUUCUCUGUUUUUCUCUCUCUUUUUGUUCUGUCUCUUUCUCCCUUACUCUGCUAGCUAUGGAAGGUACUGAGGAUUGCUGUGUAAAGGUUGCUGUUCACAUACGUCCACUCAUCGGUGAUGAAAGGCUUCAAGGAUGUAAAGACUGUGUCACCGUCGUUCAAGGAAAACCCCAGGUACAAAUUGGGACACAUUCCUUUACUUUUGAUCAUGUCUAUGGUAGCAGUGGUUCUUCAUCAUCAGCAAUGUUUCAAGAAUGUGUUGCUCCGCUUGUCGAUGGUUUGUUUCAAGGAUAUAAUGCCACUGUUCUUGCCUAUGGUCAGACGGGUUCCGGAAAGACAUAUACCAUGGGUACUGGCUUUAGAGAUGGUUUCCAAACUGGACUAAUCCCUCAAGUUAUGAAUGCUCUAUUCAGCAAGAUUGAAAGUUUCAAGCAUCAGACCGAAUUCCAAUUGCAUGUCUCCUUCAUUGAGAUUCUAAAAGAAGAAGUGCAAGACUUGUUGGAUCCAACGUCUGCUGUGAAAUCAGAUACGCCUAAUGGACAUGGUACAAAAGUAACAGUCCCAGGGAAACCACCAAUACAAAUUCGUGAAACAUCAAACGGAGUUAUAACUCUAGCUGGAUCAACUGAAGUUGCUGUUUGUUCACUAAAAGAAAUGGCUGCUUGCUUGGAACAAGGAUCAUUAAGCAGGGCAACUGGAAGUACAAACAUGAACAACCAGUCCAGCCGUUCGCAUGCCAUCUUCACUAUCACAUUGGAGCAGAUGCGUAAAGUAAGUCCAGUUUCCCCUGGUAUUAACUGUCAAAAUGAGGAUAUAAGUGAAGAAUAUCUAUGUGCAAAGCUCCAUUUGGUAGAUCUUGCUGGAUCAGAGCGUGCUAAGAGAACAGGUUCUGAUGGACUUCGUUUUAAGGAAGGAGUUCACAUUAACAAGGGGCUUCUUGCUCUUGGUAAUGUAAUAAGUGCCCUUGGGGAUGAGAAAAAGAGGAAAGAAGGCGCGCAUGUUCCUUAUCGGGACAGUAAACUUACUCGGCUUUUGCAGGAUUCACUUGGUGGAAAUAGCAGAACUGUUAUGAUAGGUAUUGUGUCUCUUGUCCUAUGUCAGUUUUGUUUCUACAGUGUACGGAUAUUAACGUCACAGAUAUGGUCAUGUGGUGCCUUCUCCAAGAAGCAGUUUAAGCCAUUUGGCAUUGUUUUGAUUUGUAUUAUUAUUGAUGAUUUAUUUGCUUUACAGUUACGGAAGGAGGGAAGGAGAAAUGAGUAUGAGAGGCAUAAACUGCAAGCAUUAAAUCAGCGCCAAAAAAUGGUUCUCCAGAGGAAGACAGAAGAGGCUGCAAUGGUCACCAAAAGGCUAAAAGAGUUGCUUGAAGCACGAAAGUCUACGUCACGUGACAGUUCAGUAACCUCGAAUGGAAGUGUGCCAAGUGGCCAGAGCAAUGAAAAAUCCCUACAACGCUGGCUUGAUCAUGAGCUAGAAGUCAUGGUGAACGUGCAUGAAGUCCGUUCUGAGUAUGAGAAGCAAAGCCAAGUACGAGCUGCCCUGGCAGAAGAGCUUGCUGUAUUGAAGCAAGUGGAUGAGUGUGCUGCAAGGGGGCUUAGUCCCCCAGGUGGAAAGAAUGGAUAUUCUAGAGUGUCCUCCAUGUCACCAAAUGCAAGAAUGGCAAGAAUUGCAUCCCUUGAAAACAUGCUGAGCAUUUCCUCAAACACACUUGUGACAAUGGCAUCACAGCUUUCAGAGGCAGAAGAACGGGACCGUGCCUUUUCUGGCCGUGGACGUUGGAACCAGUUGCGCUCAAUGGCAGAUGCAAAGAGCUUACUUCAGUACAUGUUCAAUGCAGCAGCAGAUGCAAGGUGCCAAUUAUGGGAGAAGGAAAUUGAAAUGAAGGAGAUGAAAGAGCAGUUAAACGAACUUGUAGGCCUAUUACGACAGAGUGAAGCACGGAGAAAGGAAAUUGAGAAACAGCAAAAACUGAGAGAGCAAGCUGUUGCCAUUGCCUUGGCUACGUCAGCUUCGGGGAACUCACAUGGGUCACUGAAACACUUUGCUGAUGACAUGAGUGGGCCCUUGUCUCCAAUGUCAGUACCUGCACAGAAGCAACUCAAAUAUACAGCAGGCAUUGCUAAUGGCUCAGUUAGGGACUCAGCAGCAUUCAUGGACCAGACACGGAAGAUGAUACCAAUUGGACAACUAUCAGUGAAGAAGAUGGCAGCUGUCGGACAAGCUGGAAAGCUCUGGAGGUGGAAGAGGAGUCAUCAUCAGUGGUUGUUGCAGUUCAAGUGGAAGUGGCAGAAGCCAUGGAGGCUCUCAGAAUGGAUCAGACAUAGUGAUGAGACAAUUGUGAGGGCAAGACCUCGUCAGCAGGUUUUGUCGGGGAUGAUAUGAAAUCUUAUACUGCUAACUUUUCUUUCCCAUGCAACUUAGCUUUGAUCACUACACGAACCCUAAUGGCAUGGAAUGCAGAAAUAGAAUGGAGGAAUGCUCUAAAAUGGUGAUGCGACUUGGGAGAACCACAUUUUCUUAUCUGGAGUUGGGACAGUUUGCUUUCCUAUCAUGGAUUCAAGGCAUGUUCAAUCCACCAGGAGCAUCUUGUAAAGUGUAAAUGUUUCCAGUGGGUUAACCAAAGUAGUCAAAGCAGAAGCCCAGAAGGGUUCGAUGACAAGCAGGGAUGGCAUUGGAACUCAAGAGGAGAUGAGAUGCAAAAGGGUAGUGUGUGUUUUGGGUUUUUUCCGUUGUAACAAUUACAGUGAAAAGAGAGGAAAUUCUUCUAAUGUGUUUUAGCUUUGUAUAUCAAAGGUGCUUAUUGGUUGUUCUUUUUUCAUUAUUAUUUUGUAGCCUGCAAUACAUGUCUGUUUUUAUUGUGUAUAAACAAAAUAUUUUUUUGUUGCAAGAAAUUGAGAUCUGUAGCAUUUUCAUUUAUCA